AUGGCUUGUCGUUCGUCACGCAUACGUUUUAUUGUUGUUCGAAGUUGUGUUAUUUCAUUUAUUGUAACAUUCUUUUUUCAAUUUAUGGCAUCAUUUAGAAAUGAUAAUUCUAGUGAAAAUUUAUCUGCUAUUACUUUAGCAGACGAAGAAUUAUUUUGGAGAAAAUUAUACAAUGACGAUAAAUAUUUAACAGAGGAAGAACGUAUUAAAGCAAUGGAAUCAAGCGAUAGACUAACGAUAAAAAGAGAAUUAAAUUGGACGAAAAUAUUUUUGGAUAAUUACGCAAGAAAAUUAUUAAAAAUUAAUGAACGAGAUGCUCUAACUAUUUAUAAAAAGCGAAUUGAAAAAUACGCGAAAGUAACUACACAAGAAAAAUAUGAUAUAUUCGAAGAAACUCUCGUAUUUGGACGUCCCAAAUUUUGUACAGCAGCACAUAUAUUUCAUCCACAAUGUCCAUAUUCCAAUUGUCGAUGGACCUGUGACAAAUCUUCGACUAAUCAGAACGGUUUACGUCGUGCAAAUAUAUUUCAUCAUGUUGAUAUAGAACAUGAUGAAAUGAUUGAUAAACUUGGAAAUCGUUCUUCAGACGACAUAUGGAUAUUAUGGAUCGAUGAAGCCAAUCGUCAAAUUUCACAUUUAAAUCAAUAUCAAUUUAAUUGGACAUUAAGUUUUCGACAAGAUUCCGAAGUUUCUCUUGGUACCUAUGGAAUUUUAAUAGAAAAAGAUCAAAACAAAAUUUCAUCAGAUAAUGCUCUACCUCAUAAUUCUGAAUUAAUUCGAAUAUUAACAAAAAAUAACGUUCUCAUAGACGAUGUCACAUUGGAAAAUCGUAUUUUUGUAAAUUAUCGCUUUCGUUAUAGACAUGCACUUUGGUUUGUUUCGAAUUGUGAACCUCAACAUCGUCUGAACUAUUAUAAAGAGUUAAAAGCUCAUUAUCCAAUCAGUGCAUUUGGAUUAUGUGUCGACAAACGAUGUGAUAAAAAUCACGACUGUGAACAUAGUCAAUCUCAUUUAGGACUCUUCUAUUUAGCAUUCGAAUCUCAAACAUGUAAAGACUAUAUAACAGAAAAAUUUUGGCGCGCACUUUACUACGGAAUGAUUCCGAUAGUUUUAGGACCUUCGAAACAAUCUUAUUUAGAUUUAGGUGUACCCGAAUCAGCAUUUAUUCAUGUUGAUGAUUAUCAAUCGCCUCGCGAACUUGCAAAUCAUUUACAUCAAAUUUCCAAUGAUUACGUGAUCUAUAGAAAAUAUUUUCAAUGGCUAAAUCAAUAUGAAGUAUUCUAUGAUAUUAAUGUUCUGGAACCGAUUCGUAUGUGUGAAUUAUGUAUGCGACUAAAUAUGCAAGAAUCUCGAGAUCACAGUUUUUAUUCAGAUGUUCACGAAUGGCAUCGCAAUGGAUGUCAAUCAUGA